AUGUCGAAAGCAACUUUGGCCGUCAUCGCGGCUGCCACAGCACCAGCAGCCGCAACAACAACUCCCCCUCCCCCUUCAAUCGCUGGCAACACCAAAGUCCCCACUGCCAUCCCAGCACCUCCCCUCGCCGCAAAAGCCACCGCCGGCCCCGUCAACCCCGCCGGCAUCCUGCAAUAUGGCUUCCCAGGCCCCAUCGCCGACGAACUCUCCACGCUGCCCCUGCACGGCGCCUACGACCGCCGCACUCGCAACCCGGCCUGGGUGGCCGAGCACAUCACCCCGCAAUCCCUGGCCCUCAACAAUGCCGACCGCAAGCACAGCACCUUCGCCGAGGACACCUCCAUCCCGGCCCUGUUCCGCGCCAAACUCGCCGACUACUUCCGCUCCGGCUAUGACCGCGGCCACCAGGUGCCCGCCGCAGACGCGAAAUGGUCGCAAGGCGCCAUGGACGACACCUUCUACCUGAGCAAUAUGUGCCCGCAGGUCGGCGAGGGGUUCAACCGCGACUACUGGGCGCAUUUUGAGGACUUUUGCCGCAAGCUGGCAUCGCGGUACCCCUCCGUGCGGGUCGUGACAGGCCCGUUGUAUCUGCCUCACCGUGAUCCGGAUGGGAAGUGGCGCGUUAACUAUGAGGUGAUUGGCAACCCGCCGAACGUUGCGGUGCCGACGCACUUUUAUAAGGUGAUUUAUGCCGAGGAUGGGGCCAAUUCGCCCACUAGCAAGGUUGCGCUUGGCGCGUUUGUGCUGCCGAAUGCGCGGAUCCCGAAUGAGAAGAGUCUUUCGGACUUUGAGGUUCCUCUGGAAGCGGUGGAGCGUGCUUCUGGGCUGGAGUUUGCUGCCAAGUUGGAUCCUAGCCGUCGCCGUCGGUUGUGCCAGGAGAUCAAGUGUGAGAUUGUGGUGCGCGAGUUCAACAAUGCCAAGAAACGCAGUUAG